CUUGCCUACCAUAUCUCUUCACAGACCCGUCAGGUGGCUCUCAAGUCGCAGAUUCGCCCGAGCUCCGAUUUCAAACAGUUGAGCUGCAAAGUUUGCAAUGCAGUGCUUGUGCAUGACCGCACCUGCAAGAGAGCCAUUGAAAAUGCGUCCCGUGGAGGUCGGAAAACGCACGCCAAUGUGUUGGUGGUGGAAUGCAUUGCAUGCGGCACCAAGAAACGCUAUCCAAUUGGUGCCAAGCGACAGCAGCGAAAGAAGCUUCGAGCGGUCAUAGGAGACGGCACCCCGUCC